UUUCGGAAAAAUCAUUACAAUAUGGAAAGCGAUUAGGGAUCUCAACCUUCACUCAAUCGAAAUUCUCGCAAACCGAAGAGCCAACUCAUUGGGAGUUCUGGAGAGAUGAAAAAUGGUGAAGGGGUGCGCAAGAGAUUGAAGAUAUCGGUCCCUCACUUCAACAAUUCGGAUCUUAUCAAGGGCUAUUUCAAAACAUUAAUUGGAAGAUGCAUGAACCCGGAGGAGCAGAAUGUCAAGUUCUUGGUGGUGACGCUACCUAAAAUUUGGAAUUUGGAGGAAAAAGUAGUGGGUACUGAUUUGGGGCUUGGGAGGUUUCAAUUUGACUUUGAUGCUGAGGAGGACAUAGAAACGGUGCUGAAGAUGCAGCCAUUUCAUUUUGACUACUGGAUGAUCUCGCUGGUUCGUUGGCAACCAAAAAAGUCUAAAAACUACCCCUCGGAGAUCACAUUCUGGAUCAAGGUUUUGGGAGUGCCUUUGGAGUUCUGAGAGGCUCUACUUUCAGAAGUAUUGGUGAUGCAAUUGGCGUCACAAAGGAGGUCGAUUUGGAUUAUGGUAGAGUCCAAGUGGCGGUUGAUGGGUACAAGGAGCUAACGUUUGAGACGACUGUUGACUUCAAGGGAGGAGAGUACUAUGAAGAAGAGGAGGCUUCAGUCUCUUUGCGGUAUGAAAAACUGUUUGGGUUCUGUAAAACAUGCCUCAACAUGUGUCAUAAGACGGAGAAGUUCCCGCUGACCUCAUUUAACCCGAAGAAGACGGUGGAGAUAAGGGAUGAUUCUGAGGGCGUUUUUGAUGAUCGGGCUCGAAGCUACAAAGGGGUGGUAAUAAACGGAAAUGGAGGACAACAAGAUCAGAGAAGAGAGAAACGCAAGUACCAAGGGAAAGGCAAAGGGAAAAUGUUUGAGGAGAUGGAUUCAAAGUGGGUCAAGGCUGCAGAUAGGGAGUCUAAAUCUUACAACAACAAAAACCAUCGGAGUGGCCACGGUGGAGAAGAGGAAAGCUCUCGUUACAGGAACUCCAGAAGGGAGCAGACAAGGACUCAUCAUCAAGACGAACGCUCAAGAAUUCCUGCAGGUAUGAGAGGUGAGAGAGUAACUCGUAGUGAGGCUCGACCGGAAGGGAAAGAAGAAGGUGAGAUAAAAGAGAAAGAGAUGGAGCGGUCAAACCAAAAGGAGGAUAAGGUACAAGACCGGGCGCAGCCCUCUCAAGCCUUCCUUGAUGAGCUAAUGGAGACACAAGGAUAACUAUCUAAGGUAUUAUCGAACCCUUUUAGUGGAGAACAAGAGGUAGAGUUGAAGAAUAUGGAUUUGGGUAUAGUAGAAGGGAAUAAUGUAGAGACUGAUGUGGGUAUGGGUCUGGAGGAAAAUAAUAUUGGGAAUGCUAGUUUUGGGAAUUAAGAGAGUUUGGGGGCCGAGGUUCAGGUGUUUGCUGAGGAAGAGAUAGAGGAAGAGGUUAAAAUGCAGGAGGUUAUGACUGAGGAGCUCGAGGAGAAGAAGAAGAUAGAGGACAUGGAAGGGAAAGACGGAGUCACUGGGGAGGUGGAGAAGAGACAGGGCACUCGUAAAAAGGUGGUUAAGCCGUCUCUAGGUGCUGCAGCUUCCAACAAAUUGAAGAUGGCUCAGUUGGUGGCGGCCAAACGUGCGGUAGCCAAACCAGGCAUUCGUCAUGGUGAUCACUCUAAGCAGGGAGAGGAAAAGGGUACAUCAGGUCCAAAACAUGACCCAACAAAGCAAGCAAAAGAUCCAUGAAUAAAAACAUAAGGACAGAGAAGUCACUUGGGCAUGUUAUGGUUAAUGUUUUUCUUUCAGUUUCAAUAAGCUCAUUGAGCAUUUGUAUUUGUUUUUUCUUGGAUUCUCGUUUGGUUUAUGGUUGUUUCUUGUUAUUUUGGGCUGUGGAAUGGUCCUGCAAUAUGGUUUCUAAACGGAAUAAA